CAAUUUAUCAUUUCAGUUUGUUGAUUUGGGCAUGGUAACUAGCAUAGAGUACAAUCAUAAGUCUGUGGAAUCGGCCAGGAAAGGUCAAGAGGUUUGCAUCAAAAUUGAGCCUGUACCGGGAGAAGCGCCGAAAAUGUUUGGUCGUCACUUUGAAGCGAAAGACUUUCUCGUCAGCAAGAUAAGCCGGCAGAGCAUAGACGCGUGCAAGGAGUACUUUAGAGACGAUCUGUUGAAAACCGAUUGGCAGCUCAUGGUGGAACUGAAAAAACUCUUCCAGAUACUCUAGGAUAUGAUGAAGAUUACGGCAACGACAUUAUCCUAGGACCUCUUGCUUUUCCGGCGCCUAUUCGGCAGAAAGAUCGGAUCGUCAAUGAGUUCCACGAUAUCGCGAAUCCAAACGGACGUCUCCUGCAUAGUCGUCGAGUCGUCCCGAUCAUCACAAGGAUAUUAUAAAAUAUGCAUCUACAAUAUGACGUACGCUGGAACUUAUUCUCCUUCCAAUUUCGAAUCGACGCUUCUUCCAUCCUUCCAUGCUUCCGCCGAAAGUAUCCGGCGUUUAGACUUAUGUUGAAGAACAUGCCACAAAAAAGGAUGCGAGGUCAAACUCGCCUAUGUCCUAGAAAACGCGUGCUCGAUUCGCAAAGUCUCGAAGACGAUCGAUGAAGGAGAUGCGAUUGUUGGAUUCGGCAAUUGCAUUCGGAAUAUUUACAUUUACAGAGUAUCGCGAAACAGUAGACUCUCGUAUUCUAUCGACGACGAGAAUGAAGGAAAGGUAAAGCCAGUCGCAUCGGAGACGAAGCUUCUUGGAAAUGCGCGAUCGCGAAAAGGAGAGAGUCACUCCGGAUGGAAUGUGUGUGUCGUGGGUGGCAACGACGUUGUAGAUACGUGGAAAAGCGGAGAUACAGAAAGAGGAGAGAAAAAGAGGAGGAGAGAGAACGAAAAAACACUGUAAUGAAAACUCUAAUGAAUGAAAGAAUCGUACGAGAACCUUAUGUGUUUUGUAUAUGUAAUCUUUGUAUAAGACAAGCAAAGUAUAUACUGCGACCGGAAAAUAAAGACUACGUGCUUUCGCACAAAAAGGAAAUAAAAAAAGGUACUUUGUUUAUAUAUAUAUAUAUAUUCUCUCAUAUAUAUAUAUAUAUAUGCGCCGAUGCUCUCAUUCAUUAUUGUGCCAUUCUUGGUCUCCGGAUAUCACUCCCGAUCAAGUUUUCAUCGUUUCACUCAAGACAUAUAUCUGAUAUGCUCGCAAUUAUCAGUAAGUAUAUCCCCUCAUGUUUUAAAAAUAAAUUCUAUAUAUUUUCGUGAGAAGACUUUUUUACAAUGAUAUAUUGUACUGCAGAUAUUGUGCAAUAGUUUAUCAAACUCGAAUUUGUCUUCAAACGGCCGUCUCCCAAUUUUGAUGCGAUUUGAUGAGUUUGUAAAACAAAUGAAAAUCUUUAAGGAAAUGAAAUUCUUGACAAGAAAAGUAUAAUUUUGUUGUAAUGUCUGAUCAGAAA